AUGAGGGUGCCGUGGGAGAAGAGGAGAAAUGAGGAAGUGUUGCAGAUGGCCAGUGUGAAGAGGGAGCUGACGACCACAUGUAAAAAGACAACCUGGAUACUUAACACCAAUUACAGUUCCUACCCACGCCUCACCACGCCUUCCCAUUCCCUCCUCACGCCUUUCCACGCCCUCCCCUCGCCUCCCCAUCCCCUCCCCACGCCCUCCAGGCAUCCCCACGUCUUGCCACACCCCACACCUCCCUAUCUCCUACCUAUGCCUCCCCACGCCUCUCCAUGCCCUCCCCAUCCCCUCCCUAAGGUUCCCCCACGCCUCCCCACGCCCUCCACGCUUCUCCACUCCUCCCCACGCCUCGCCAUGUUUCCCCACGCCUCCGCACGCCUCGCCAUCCUCUCCCCACGCCUCCCCACACCCUCCUCACGCCUCCCCAUCCUCCCCACGUCCUCCUCACGCCUCGCCACCCUCUGCCCACGCCUCCCCACGCCUUCCACGCUUCUCCACGCCUUGCCAUGUCUUCCUACGCUUCCCCAUGUCUCCUCACGCCUCCCCAUCUUCUCCUCACCCUCUCCCCACGCCUCCCCACGCCUCGCCACCCUCUCCCCACGCCUCGCCACGCCUCGCAGCUGA